GGAUUUCCAUUCGCUUCAGGUGAACAGGCCGGCCCCACCUCUGUCCCCAUUUUGGGGGUGCUGCCCCCCCACCCCGACCUCCCACCUCUCGGAAAUGCGGGGACUCCACGGCGGCGCAUGGGCGGCGCUGUGUCUCCUCCUCCGCUGCUGCUGCUGGGCGCACAGCCCCUCCACUGGCAACAUCUCAGUGGUCAAGGACAUUGUGGAUAAGCUCCUCAAAGGCUACGAUGUCCGCCUGCGGCCCGAUUUCGGAGGGAACCCUGUGGUGGUGGGGAUGAGCAUCCACAUCUCGAGCAUCGACCAGAUUUCCGAAGUCAACAUGGACUAUACCAUCACCAUGUACUUCCAGCAAAGCUGGCGGGACAAGCGACUCGCCUAUGGCGAUCUGCCGUUCAACCUGACACUCGACAACCGAGUCGCCGACCAGCUCUGGCUCCCAGACACCUACUUCCUGAACGACAAAAAGUCCUUCCUGCAUGGCGUCACCGUCAAGAACCGCAUGAUCCGCUUGCACCCGGACGGCACCGUCCUCUAUGGCCUGAGGAUCACGACAACCGCUGCCUGCAUGAUGGAUCUCCGGAGAUACCCCCUGGAUCAGCAGAAUUGCACCCUGGAAAUUGAGAGCUACGGCUACACUGUCGAUGACAUUGUCUUCUUCUGGCAAGGAAACUCUUCGGCCGUGACAGGGAUGGAGGUAUUGGAGUUGCCCCAGUUCACCAUCAUUGAGCAGAAGCUGGUCACCCGUGAGGUGGUCUUCACCACAGGGUCCUACCUCCGCCUGUCGCUCAGCUUCCGCAUCAAGAGGAACAUCGGCUACUUCAUCCUGCAGACCUACAUGCCCUCCAUCCUCAUCACCAUCCUCUCCUGGGUCUCCUUUUGGAUCAACUACGACGCUUCGGCCGCCCGGGUGGCCCUAGGGGUGACGACCGUCCUGACCAUGACGACCAUCAACACCCACCUCCGGGAGACGCUGCCCAAGAUCCCGUACGUCAAGGCGAUUGACGUCUACCUGAUGGGCUGCUUCGUCUUCGUCUUCCUGGCGCUGCUGGAAUAUGCCCUGGUGAACUACAUUUUCUUUGGGCGAGGGCCCCGCCAGCAGAAAAGACGUGCCCGGCACCUGGAGCCCCGGACUCAGCCCGACCCAUACGGCAACCUCCUUCUGGCUGGCGUCUCCGACAGCAACUGCCCGCUCUUCUCCACGUCACCCUCGCCGGACCUGCGCCCCUGCGGCCUGCGCGGGUUCGAAUCUUCAGGCACUGCCCUACACUCCCGGAAGGCACCUGCCUGCCGCGCCGCCCGGGCCAACUGCCGCCUGCGCCGGAGGUCCUCCAAGCUGAAGCUGAAGAUCCCUGACCUGGCCGACGUCAGCACCAUCGACAAGUGGUCCCGGGUUCUAUUCCCCAUCACCUUCAGCUUCUUCAACCUCCUCUACUGGUUGUACUACGUCAACUGACACCCAAGAGGGAGAGCGCCGGGCGCCGGAUUCGGGUCCUGCCCCCACCCCAGCCUUUCCUCUCCGCUUCCCAUUCGUCCUGUCCCCUCACAGUACCUUCCUCUUCCCUUAAGAGUCACUUCCUGUACGCUCUCAGGAACUUCCUGUUCCCUUACGGGCCCUUCCUGUUCUCUCACAGCCCCUUCUUGUUCUCGAACAGCCCCUACCUGUUCCCUCACAGUCCCUUCCGGUUUUACCCCUUCCUGUUCCCUUCAAUUCACUUCCUCUUUGCUCUCAGGCACUUCCUGUUCCCCCACAGUCCCUUUCUUCUCCCUCACAGUCCCUUCCUGUUCUCUCCCAGUCCCUUCUUAUUCUCUCUCAGUCCCUUUCUGUUCCCUUAAAAGUUCCUUCCUGUCCCCUCACAGCGCCUUUCUGUCCCUUCCCUGCCCCUUCCCUCCCCACAUCCUAACCCCUUGCAGCCACUUUCUGUCCCAAAUCAGCCAUGGAGAACCCACUGUUUCAAGUAACAGGAAACGAGGAACAAGCCACGCCUCCUAACUUCCAGUACUUUCUCUUCCUCCUCCUCCUUGGACCAGCCGGGCUUCCUUCCCACCGGCCACUUCCCUUCCGUUGCUUCUGCCAUUACAGGUUCCGGCGGAUGGACUUUUCCAGAACUGACUUGAACCGAGUUUACAGUUUUCUACCUACCUAGCGACCGACCGACCAAUGGGAUCUCUCCGUUCUCACGUUUUGGGUUUUUCCCCCUUGUUGUUCUGGGAGGGAUUUGGGGAAAGUGCUCCUGAGCGUGUGCAGAGUUCCCUUUUUUUCUAAGCAAUGUACAUGAACCUUAAAAAAACACAUUUUGAAAACUGUUCGAUAUCCAUCGGUUGGGAAUCUUUCUCGUCUCUUCCCCGUCCCCCCUUAUAAAAUCAGAGAAUUUCACUUUAAAUAUACGGCCUUAGAAGAAAAACA